AUGGCCCUCCCAAUGCCCGAGCCAACUAUUCCUCCUCUCGCGCUAACCCAAUACAAAGUAUUGUCAUUCGACGUCUACGGCAGCCUGAUCGAGUACAAGGCGCACAUCCUCGACGCGUUCCAACCGUUGAUCUCCCGUCUUCCGGCAUCGUCGCCGUACCGGGACCCGACGCCGCUGUCGACCACGAUUCCCAACUCGGCCAGCGUCGGGUCCGUCGAGUUCCUGAAGGCGUUCCAGCGGCAGGAAGACGCUAUCAAGCUCGAGAGGCCCGUGAAGCGCUUCGACGAGAUCCUUGCAGAGAUCUGGCGGCGGCUGGCGACGGAACUCGGCGUCCCGAGCACCGAGGACGAGGCGCGGCACUUCGGCAGCGAGGAAGUCAUAGCCAGCUGGCCUGCGUUCCCGGGGACGCUGGACGCGCUGAAAUCUCUGGGCAGACACUACAAGCUCGUCGCGCUGUCGAACAUCGACAGGUACGCGUGGUCGGUCACGGCAACCUCGCCCGUCAGCGGGCUCGGCGACGACGAGGUCCACUGGUGGAGAGUCUUCACGGCCGAAGACUUCGACGGGGGUGACGGCGGCGGCGAUGCCACGCGCGCCGACGAGGUCAAGCUGGAGACGGUCGUCGAGUACUGCGCUGGAACCGGCGUCGCGAAGAAGGGGGAGAUCCUGCACGUCGCGCAGAGUCUCGGACACGACCAGGCGCCGGCCAAGAGACUCGGGCUGAGCAGCGUGUGGUUGAUAGGCGACGGGCCGAGAUGGGGCAAGGAGGCAGAGAGCAGGAUGGCUCUAGAGAAGAACCUCGUGGGGUAUGCCUGGCGAUUCGACGAUCUGCGAGCGUUCUCCGGAGAAGUCGAGAGGGCUUUUGCAAAAGGAGGCGUCAGAAGCAGUCAGUCAGUCAGUGACUGA